UAUUAAACCAUCAAAUAUUCAAUCAUUUCUGAGAAAAUUCCCUUUUUUACCCAAAUUCAAACCGAGAAAGAGACCAGGAAACUUCUCUACUUUCAAUGACAAAGUGGUAAUUUGAACAGUUCAACCAUGUUAGUUUCUUGGUCUUUUUUUAUUAGAUCUUCACCCAAAGACUUUCUUCGUCUUUGUAGCAACUUCAGAAAGAGAUAUAAACUACCCAAAAAUUUUGCCAUUGCAAUCUCUGAAGUUGCUGGUAAAUUGAAGACCCAAGAGUUAACUUUGGGAGUUUCGGGAGGAUUGUUCAUAUUCUUUCUCAGCAGGUGAAUUAGUUGACUUUGCGUGUUUUUCAUUUUGCUUGAUACUGAAGGAAUUUUGAAGAGUUUUUGAGUGAUGGGAGGUAAGAACUCUAGGGAAGCAGGUCGAAGAGAGUUUAGUUCAUAUGGGUCUGGCAAUUCUUCAGCAUGGGAUCAAUACAAUUAUCCUCCACAAUCACCAUAUGUUCAACAAUAUCCAUAUACAGAACCCUCUGAAUAUGGCUCACAAACUCCACAACAACCACAGAGAAGGCUUGACAGAAAAUAUUCAAGAAUAGCAGAUAAUUACCAAUCCUUGGAUGAGGUGACUGCUGCUCUUAUUAAAGCCGGACUUGAGUCAUCUAAUCUCAUUGUAGGAAUUGAUUUCACGAAAAGCAAUGAGUGGACAGGUUCAAGGUCGUUUAAUCGACGUAGUUUACACCACAUUGGAAAUGAGCCAAAUCCGUACGAGCAAGCUAUAUCUAUAAUAGGGCAAACGUUAUCAUCUUUUGAUGACGAUAACAUGAUUCCGUGUUUUGGAUUUGGUGAUGCAUCAACCCAUGAUCAAGAUGUUUUUAGCUUCUACCAUGAUGAUAGAAUAUGUAAUGGAUUUGAGGAAGUUUUGCAUCGUUAUAGGGAAAUUGUUCCCGACUUAAGACUUGCAGGUCCUACAUCUUUUGCACCAAUAAUUGAGAUGGCCAUGACAAUCGUUGAUCAAACUGGUGGUCAGUACCAUGUUUUGCUGAUAAUUGCCGACGGGCAGGUGACAAGAAGUGUUGACACACAUAAUGGUCAACUGAGUUUACAAGAACGAAAGACAAUCGACGCAAUUGUAAGGGCAAGUGAGUACCCUUUGUCGAUAGUCUUAGUUGGUGUUGGAGAUGGACCUUGGGAUACGAUGAAGGAAUUUGAUGAUAACAUUCCUGCUCGAGCUUUCGAUAAUUUUCAGUUCGUCAAUUUUACUGAGAUGAUGUCCAAUAAUGUAAACAAUGUGAGAAGGCAUGCAGACUUUUGUCUUGCUGCACUGAUGGAAAUACCUUCUCAAUAUCAGGCAACUCUAGAGCUUGGCAUAUUGGGAAGACAAAUAGGUAGUUCACCAGAAAGAGUACCUCUUCCUCCUCCUCUGUACAGUGCAACAUCUUCAAGUGGCUACCCGGGAACCCCACGCUCCAACAGUUUUCAGACCAGAACAUCUUCACUUGGUAGAUACAACCAAGGAGUUGGCACAAAUCCAUCCUCUAGUUCUUCUUAUGACAACCAGCGUUGCCCCAUUUGUAUCGCUAAUCCAAAAGAUAUGGCUUUUGGUUGUGGCCAUAUGACAUGUUGCAACUGCGGAGGAAAUCUCGAGUUGUGCCCCAUAUGCCGAAGCUUUAUCCAGACUAGAAUAAGGCUUUAUUAAGUCUUGCCAUGCAGUACAAAUGCAUCGCUUAUCCUAUUUCUUGGUUCCUUGAAACUAACAUUGAAGGUCGAGGUUUCAACACAAUUUUGAGGGUGUACAUUGUCGUAUUGUCUUGAUUGUGUUUUGAACCUACUCCUUUUAAUGACAGUUUCAAUGAGCAUCAAUAUUGUUCUCUAUUGAGAAUAUGUACAUAUGGUGAAUGUUUUUCUUAGCCUGCUUCAUCACAGAUCAUAGCUUUCGAUUUGAAAUUAUAAACACAAUGACAUGUAGAGGAUUGCAAAAGCUAUAUGUAGAGGAUUUGCAGAAGCUUCAAGGAUUGAGAUCAUGUUAAUCUUGUCGUUUAGCAUUUCUUCCUUGGAAUCCUUUUUUUCAUGUGUGCAUACUGGUUUUUAGGUUGUUGUAAAUCUUAACAAAGUAAAAGUUCUUCCUUCAAUAAAAUCCAUCAUUGUCA